AUGAUUGCCUCACCACAGCCAACGGCCAUCUUCCACCGGUCCCUCAACAAAAACUACGACACCGCGUCUGGCGGCGACGGUGUCUACAUCGUCCACCCCGAUGGUUCCCGAACGGUCGACCGCAGCAGCGGCUCGGCAGUCUCCUGUCUGGGCCACGGACACAAAGGCGUGAUCGAAGCCAUCGUCGACCAAGCCCGCAAGAUGGCCUUCGCACAUACGUCGUUCUUCACGAGCGACCCAGCAGAGGAGCUUGCUCGGCUGCUCAUCGACGAAAGCGCCAAUGCGUUCACCAAAGUCAUGUUCCUUAGCUCUGGCUCGGAAGCAGUCGGGUCGGCCAUCAAGAUAACGCGCCAGUACCACGUAUCGCGAGGCGAAACGAAACGAGUAAACUUCAUUUGCCGACAGUACGCUUACCAUGGCAACACACUUGGGGCGCUUUCCGCAGGCUUUAAUCCGCCGAGACGACAGACAUUCGAGCCGCUCUUGUCUUCGGCUUUCCACCACGUCUCUCCUUGCUUUUUCUCGCGGGAUGCCAAGGACGGCGAAGAUGAAAAAGCCUACGUCAAUCGUCUCCUCCAGGAGUACGAGGACAUGUUCGAGAAGCUGGGCUCGUCGUCUGUCGCGGCCGUGUUGAUAGAGACGAUGGGUUGGGCGACGCUCGGUGCCGUGCCAGCUGCAAAAGGGUAUCUCAUGCGGCUGAGACAGUUGUGUGAUAAGCACGGCGCCCUGCUGAUUUACGGCGAGGUCAUGUGUGGCAUGGGGAGGGCCGGGACUCUGCACGCCUGGCAGUCACUGGGUAAUGCGGCGCCUGACUUGCAGACGAUUGGGAAAGGAUUGGGAGCAGGUUACCAACCAAUCUCCGCGAUCUUGGUCGGCCACAAGGUCCAUCAAGUCAUGCAAGCUUCGCAGGCCCAGCACCCUUUUGUGAGCGGACAUACGUAUCAGGGCCACUCAAUUGGGUGCGCCGCAGCCUUAGCGACACAGCAGACAAUCGUCAAGGACGAUUUGCUUGCAAACGUAAGAGCGAUGGGAGAUCUCCUGGAGGAGGAGCUUCGAAAACAAGUACCCAACCUGAAGGAGAUCAAGGGCCUUGGUCUGUUCAAAGCCGUCGAGUUUGCGACGCAGCCUGGUAACCGCAUUGCCGCGGAUGUGGCGAGCACCUGUCUUGCAAAUGGGGCAGCCGUGUACCUGUGUUCUGCGGCCGUGGAUGCGAUUCUGUUUGCGCCGCCCUUCAUUAUCAGCGAGCAAGAGGUGCAUGAGCUCGUAAGUAUUUUUGCGGCAUCCACGAGGCAGGUGCUUCAAGAGAAAAAAAUCAUGCAGUGA